AAACAUACAAGAAAAGUGGGUCAUUGUCAUACUCAAAAAGGGAUGGUGACGAACCUUACUAAGAUAGCAAAGAACAGGCAAUUCAUUAAAGAUUAUCAUACCAGAGGAACAUGUUACAUAAUUCAAACUAAGUAUUUCAGUGAUUGAUUGCGUAAUUAACGUUUAAUUAAUUCAAUCGAAAUACCAAAAAAAAAAAAAACUAAUUAACACUAUUAACUACGCCACGUCGGCCUUUACCUCUGAGUCAACUCGCUCACGAGCCUAAAGUGGAUAUGUCAAAGGAGAAAGACAAAAGAAGCUUAUAAUCGAAGCUAGAUUCAUUUCCGGAAACUCCCAUAGAGUGAGAGUUCUCAUCUGCAUUUGCCACUCCCCGCCAAAACUCCUCUUUAAUCAGAGUUUCUGGGUUUAGGGUGUUUACAUUUGGAGAUGAAGAAGAUAAUCGGAGGUCCAGGAACUGUGUGUGGUCUGUUACUUAGAAUCGGACAAUGUGCUUCUGCUGCUGCUUCAAUCGGCGUUAUGCUCUCUUCCACCGAGUUCUAUAACCGCACUGCCUUCUGCUACUUGAUUGCUUCGAUGGGUCUUCAGUUGCUGUGGAGCUUUGGCCUCGCAUGUCUUGAUGUUUAUGCUCUGAGGGGCAAGAAAGAUCUCCAAAACCCAAUCUUGGUUAGCUUAUUCGUCGUUGGUGAUUGGGUGACUGCAAUGUUAUCUCUUGCAGCUGCGUGUUCAUCAGCAGGAGUUGUAGUCUUAUUUGCCAGAGAUCUUAAGUAUUGCAAUAUCCGUGAGCAGUUUUCAUGUCUUAGGUAUCAAGUAUCUGUAGCGUUGGCUUUCGUCUCUUGGUUUCAGAUUGCUGUUUCUUCUCAUGUCACAUUUUGGAUCUUAGCCUCUGUUUAGUUUUCUUGAAACGUUGAGAACAACAUCUUGUAGCUUUUGAUGAUGUAUAACGUUUGGUUCAAAUCAUAUGUUUCUUGAAAUUAAAGCUUAUAUCACUUAAAAGAUA